UGCGUUUCCAAGUCGUCUCUCUCUCUCUCUCUCUGACUUUCUUUCUCUCUUCAUCUAUUAAUCAAAUACACCUUUUUUUUGUUUGUGCUCAUCCAUCCAUGGAUCACGUCAAGCAUGGUGGGCUUCCCCAUGGCGGUGGCGGAGCCACCUACCAGAACGCCCAACCACUGGAAGACGACACCGACCUCCGGCGUGGUCCAUGGACCGUCGAGGAGGACUUUGCCCUCAUCAACUACAUAGCUCACCACGGCGAAGGCCGUUGGAACUCCCUCGCCCGUUGUGCCGGCCUGAAACGCACCGGAAAAAGUUGCAGGCUGCGGUGGCUCAAUUAUCUCCGGCCGGACGUCCGCCGUGGAAAUAUCACUCUCGAAGAACAGCUCCUCAUUCUUGAACUACAUUCUCGUUGGGGCAAUAGGUGGUCGAAAAUUGCACAACAUUUGCCGGGGAGGACUGACAACGAAAUAAAGAACUACUGGAGGACCAGAGUGCAAAAGCACGCCAAGCAGCUGAAAUGUGACGUCAACAGCAAGCAAUUCAAGGACACCAUGCGCUACCUAUGGAUGCCGAGGCUGAUGGAGAGGAUCCAGGCCGCCGCCACGUCAUCUUCCGCGACCCCUAACGCCGCCGCCGUCCACGGCCCCCCCAACACCGCCACCAGCACGGACGUCUUCGUCUCCGCCACGCCGCCGGAGUACGACUGCGGCAUGAACUUCACGCCGGAGAACUCCGCCGCGUCCUCCGACUCCCUCGUGUCGCCGGUGGCCUCCGACAUUAACGACGGCUGCUACAACGACCUCCACGUUAAUCGGGAUUACUACCAAGCAAACAACAAUAGCAUUAACCACGGUCCCCUGUUUUUUUACGGCGGUGAAUCUUUAACCAACCCCUCGGAUUACUUUAACCCGGGUGUCGAGUUAGAGCAGAACGGGAACCAAUGGAUGGACGGCGGAGAUUUGUCCGGCAACAUAUGGAGCGUCGAAGAUUUGUGGCUCUUCCAUCAACAAUUCAACAACAGUAUUAAUCAUCUUUAAUUUCUUGAAAGAGCAAAUGCUAGAAAUUUACUAAGAUUAAUCACAUGACAAGAUUUUUUGUACCAAAUAUUAAUUAAUUAUAUGCACACACACAAAAAUGUUGUCAGUCUAUGCACCACAGACAAUAGUUAUGCGAAAUAUUUGAUGUCAAAUUUUAUGCGUUCAGGUGAAUUUGUAAUUAACCGGGCUCGGAAAUAGAAAAUUUGUUUGAAUUUAGGAAGAAAAAAGGAUAUAGAAAGGUCAAUGGGGGGAUUUAGGGCACGUGGCUAAUUAUGGAGUAUUUAUUUUUAAUUAAAAUUGUGGUGAUAUU